AUGUCGACCAUUAGUGGCAUGACCGAUUCGAGCAGCGAAGACAGCGAGGGAGAGCAUAUGGAUAUCAAAAUCGAUCCAAACACAUGGAGAGAUAUCACACGAUUGGCUCGACUGUUAAAAAUCUCAAAGGAAGAGUAUAGAGAAUUGAGGGAAGACAAUCUCAACAAUGCAGAUGGGUUAUUCUUUAGAAAGAAUGUCAAAUUAGACACGGUGGACAAAUUACUUUGGCAAGUAAUACUCCGAGAGCAAUACUGCCUCGCCAAAAGCAGGGUCGAGAAGCCAACUGAAAAGCCAACUGAGAAUCCGUCAAAGACUUCAACCGAAGAUGAGGAUGAAGAUGAGAAUACUGGCGAGGACGAGAGCGAGAGCGAUGAAAACAGCAGUGAGAACGAUAUCUGGGAUGAAGAGGCUCCACAGGAUAAUUUCCUGAUAUCGGACGAAUGUGAACUUUUACCGGCUGCAAAUACCAUGGAUAUGAGCGAUCCGUGGUGGGUCUAUCAGCAGUGCAAUCAAGCAAUAGCUGCGUCCUUGCAGGGGCAAACGGCAGCGCCGGAGGCUUCAGACGGCAACGAGGAGGGAGAGGACCUAUGGGGUGGCGUCCUAUGGGGCGAUGACUCGGGCGGGAUGUCUAGCUACAUGUCACAAAGCAAGGAUAUCAUCGACGCAUACACCUGGUCCCAAGAACUCGAUGCUGAGAACAUGCCUGGGCUCACAGCCGAACCUCAGAUUGCCUUGCCAACACCAGAAAAGCAGGCCCAGUUCGCGGAGCGCAUGAAGUGGCUAGACAACACUGCAUUCCAGAGAGAAAACCACUCAAUUCGACGAGAAUCCCCGGCUCACUGGGGCGCUCCUCGCCGAUGGCGUUGGGCUCGGGAAAACAUGGGUGGCUAUAGCACUCUUACUAGUGCGACGGGGCGCAAGCAGAGUACCGGAGGCGAGAGCACGCAGGCUUCAGGGGACGUGGACCGGCAGUACCAGCUCGGUGGACUUUUCUCGACUGUUAUAUGGGACGAAGCCCAGGCGCUGAGAUAUCUCGAAACACAGGUAUCGCUUACAGCAAGGUCCCUUGCACCGACAUUCAACCUCUGCAUUUCGGCAACCCCCAUCUUUAAUCGAAGGGAAGACUUUGCGGAUCCGCUUACUCUUUCCGACGAUGAUCCAGAAGCCUGGAAACAGCUGUGCCCUGCUCUAAUCCUGCGUUAUAUCCUUGAUCCAAGGAUUCCUGACACUUUUGCAGGAUUCCGCCUCGGUAAGAUCUGGAGGCAUUGCAUGAUAAAACGAUCGUUCAUGUCGGCGAUCCCGUUUGGAAGUAACAAGACGAUUGGCUCGUCAAUCCCCCCGGUAGUGUCCAAAGUCAUAAACACUCGCUUGACGAAAGAAGAGAGGCUCACGUAUGAGCGAGAGGCACAGCCACUGUUGGCGGAGCUCCUUAGAAGGCUUCCGAAUAGGAAAGUGGUGUGGCGGGCGGAGAACUACCGCAAGCUUGUCUUGUUGAGCACCUGGCUUCCGUUUAUCCAUGUUCAUCAAACAGUGAUGGCGCCGUCGUUGAGGAGUGCCACCGAGAAGGCAUAUGAGAAAACGCUGGUGUACAGAUGGGCAAAGCUCAUCAACAAGAAACUCCCUGAAGCUGAAGUACCGGCCAAGUCCAACUACUCCAAACAGCUCGAGCUCCUCCUUAGAGGAAGCCCGCGGCUGCGUGAGCUUCUUCCGCUAGUAUGUGAUCGAGUACUCAGAAAAGCUGACAAGGUGACAGUAUUUGUUCUCCUGCCUGCACAGGGCGUGUAUCUUGCUGCAGCCUUCUAUCUAGUUGGCAUUGACGCACGCUUCUUACACUCGGGCUUGAAGCAAGAAGAGCGGGAAGAGUUGGUCCGCACCUUUACGGAGGACAGAAAGGGAGUGAUGCCCCCUAGCAACCCUGGCCGCAUACAGGCAAUUGGCCGUCUACAGAGAGUAGACCAAAGAUACAUUGUGCUUGUCCACGAGCUUCAUGUUGCUAACACUUUUAAUACUAUGCUUGUCCAGAACAAGCUUAAGAAGGCUAUCCCCUCGAUGACUGCAGAGCUAUCCCAGGAAAUCUUCUCAAUGUGCGAACAAAACGGCGAUAUUGAUCUAGGGCAGUGGGCAAUAGGCCCGGAGGGGGCCUUAGUCAAACGCGGAGAGGACCUCGAAGAAGUGGCUGACCAAGUGUGGCUCUCUGGGGUGCGAGUGAUCCAAGAACUCCUACAGCUGAUGGACGGUAAGGAAUAA